UCCUAUCUCAAAUCACUAACGUAACAGUUAUGGAAGAUCAUCAAAUCAGCGGAGACAAUAUCAACAAGAAGAACCAGAGCCCAAGGCAGUUACAGCUAUUCGUUAGACUUCUCGAUGGCGAAACCUUAUCGCUCCAAUUCCCGACCCCACAAGUCCUAGUCGGCUCUGUCAAGCACCGAAUUCAGGAAAUUACCAAAAUCCCAAUCAAUUUCCAGCGCCUGAUUCGCGGCCAUCAACUCAAGGACGAUUCUGUAAUUUCCCACUCCAACGCCACCCUCAACCUCUCCCUCCGUCUUCUUGGUGGGAAGGGAGGUUUUGGAUCGCUGCUACGUGGCGCAGCCACAAAGGCCGGGCAAAAAAAGACCAGCAAUUUCGAGGCGUGCCGGGACAUGAGCGGAAGGAGGCUGAGGCACGUGAAUGCGGAGAAGAGGUUGGAGGAGUGGAAGGCGGAGGAGGAAGAGAGGAAGUUGGAGAAGAUUGCGGAGGAUUUUAUAAAGAAAAAGGCAAAAACUGGGAAAAAAGGGGUUGGAGAUGGAGAGGCUGAGAAGUAUGUGCAAAAGUACAGGGAGCAGUCAGCGAGGUGCGUGGCGGUGGUUGAAGAGUCCGUUAGGGCAGCGUGCCAAAACGGAAAGCGGAAGGCGGUGCCAGGAGGAGCUGACCCCAAAAGAUUGAAGAUUUGGAUGGAAAAGAGGAAUAUGAGUGAGAGUGAUAGUGAUGAUAGCAGUGAUGAUGAGGAAAAUGAGAAAUCUGAAGUUUUGAACAAUGGGAAUUAUUCGGAUUCUAGUAACGGAACUGAGGGGAGUUCUGCUUCAGUUUCCUGGGGAAGACAGGAUGGAGCUUUUUCAGGUGGAGUCUCAAGUGAGAGUGGUUCUGAGGAAGAGAAAGAGGUUGUUCUGCAGCAAAGCUCGGAAUCUGAUGGGGAAGAUGCUCCUAAUGUAGAAAAUGGCAUGGUUGAAGUUGAACCAGAGGUUUAUGUAGAGAAGACAGCACAGGGUGCGAAUGUGUUCUGCAUGGAGGCUGAUGUGAGUGCUGGAAGUGAAGCAGUUCAAGCUGAGAUGCUGGAACAUAAUAAUGGAACUAAAACUGAAGAUCAAGUGAAAAUAGUUAGUCAGCGACUCAGUGUUCCUGUGUCAGAAAAUGGAGGAGUUGGGAGCAAACCAAUUGAUGAAGUCAAUUGUUCUUCAAAUGCAAAAUCAGAAGUUCACAAAGAAACAGUAGUUUCAAAUGCUAAUGUGGCAGAACCAGAAAAGCCAUUGAAUUUUGAUGACGUCAAUUCUCCAGAAGAGAUGGAGGUUCUUGGAUUGGAGAGGAUGAAAUCUGAACUGCAGGAACGUGGGCUAAAAUGUGGGGGUACUUUGCAAGAGCGAGCUGCCCGGCUUUUCCUGCUAAAAUCUACCCCUUUGGAUAAGCUUCCCAAGAAGUUGCUUGCAAAGAAAUGAAAACCUAUAUAGUAGGCUUCAUCUGACCUCAUAGUAUUAUUAAGGAGUUCCUGAAUCUCUGUUACCUAUGGGUAUCGUGACUGUCUCUUUCCCCUUCAAUAAAAUUUAACAACUGGUUGGUAAACAUUACACCUUGCCUGAACUGAAUUUUUUUGAGAAUUGUGGUAGGAUGACGAUGAUGAUUUUUCUUGUAAACGCCCAUUCAUCUCAUUCUUGUUUAUCCUUUCAAUAAAAUGGAAUAUUUCAAGCUUUUUUA